AUGACUGAGGGCGUCAUGUUCUUGCAUGGCCAGCGGCCACCGUUUGUGCAUCGGGAUUUGAAGAGUGCGAACGUGGUGCUGGACUUGGAACUCAAUGCCAAGCUUUGCGAUCUGGGCAUCACAGAGUGCAUGGAGCGCACCCACAUCAGCCGCAAGGACGCGGAAGCUGGCUCACCAAGGUACAUGUCCCCCGAGCUGUUCUGCCGCUCGGGGAAGCUGACGGAGAAGAUGGACAUUUGGGCCUUGGGCUGCCUGGCCAUGGAGGUCAUCACCGGCCGUGUGCCGCAUGAGGAGUGCAUGAAUGUGCAACAGGUGGCCACCAAGCUCCUGGUGAAGAUGGAAGGGCCCUUCAUGGGCGACUGGGCCGCUGCCUUGCAAAAGGAGGUGGCGGGUCUCCUACAGAACUGCUGGACUUGGAACCCCAUGGACCGGCCGACUGCUGCGAAGAUCUAUGAGGUCGUGUCCUCCAUCUCAAAGCUGACAGUGUGA